GGGGCCGAGCGCUGUAUCCGGUCAGGUUAGGGCUUCAGAGCCUGGCACGCGGCCUCGGCCUCAGGUACGGCCCCAGGUUGGGAGUUACUCCGGGAACUUCCGGGCGAGACUGGCGCAUUUCCGGUCAAGAUGGCGGCGCCCAUCAGAGUCAGGUGCGGGCGACUCUGCCUUUAGUAGCGGCGGCGACUCGAGGCCCGGGAAAGCAGACCCCCAGGAGUCGACCCGUUAGGACGCCAGAGCUACCUCAGCGGUGACCACCCCCUACCCCAGACACAUUCUUCCCUUCACUAACAGCCCAUGGCGGACCAAGGCUCGGGGGGCAGCCGCCUCCCUCUGGCGCUGCCCCCAGCCUCCCAGGGUUGCUCAUCAGGGGGCGGCGGCUCCUCGGCGGGGAACUCAGGCCAUCCUCCGCCACCGCGAAACCUCCAAGGCCUGCUGCAGAUGGCUAUCACGGCGGGCUCGGAGGAACCAGACCCCCCUCCAGAACCCAUGAGUGAGGAGAGGCGUCAGUGGCUGCAGGAGGCUAUGUCAGCUGCCUUCCGGGGCCAGCGGGAGGAAGUCGAGCAGAUGAAGAACUGCCUUCGAGUGCUGUCCCAGCCUAUACCCUCCUUGGCUGCUGAGGCUGAACUGGCCGCCGACCAGCAGGAGCGCGAGGGGGCCCUGGAGCUGCUGGCCGACCUGUGUGAAAACAUGGACAAUGCUGCAGACUUCUGCCAGCUGUCAGGCAUGCACCUGCUGGUGGGCCGGUACCUGGAGGCAGGGCCUGCCGGGCUGCGGUGGCGGGCGGCGGAGCUCAUCGGCACGUGCAGCCAGAACGUGGCGGCCAUCCAGGAGCAGGUGCUGGGCCUGGGCGCUCUGCGCAAGUUGCUGCGGCUGCUGGACCGGGACGCCUGCGACUUGGUACGCGUGAAGGCCCUCUUCGCCAUCUCCUGCCUGGUCCGGGAGCAGGAGGCCGGGCUGCUGCAGUUCCUUCGCCUGGAUGGCUUCUCCGUCUUGAUGCGGGCCAUGCAGCAGCAGGUGCAAAAGCUCAAGGUCAAGUCGGCGUUCCUGUUGCAGAACCUGCUGGUGGGCCACCCCGAACACAAAGGGACCCUGUGCUCCAUGGGGAUGGUCCAGCAGCUGGUGGCCCUGAUCCGGACAGAACACAGCCCCUUCCAUGAGCAUGUGCUUGGAGCCCUGUGCAGCCUGGUGACAGACUUCCCCCAGGGCGUGCGGGAGUGCCGGGAGCCCGAUCUGGGCCUGGAGGAGCUGCUCCGCCACCGCUGUCAGCUGUUGCAGCAGCACGAGGAGUACCAGGAGGAGCUGGAGUUCUGCGAAAAGCUGCUACAGACCUGUUUCUCCAGCCCGACGGAUGACAGCAUGGAUCGGUGAAACCUGGUGGCUUACUACUCCCUCUCCGUGGGAACCCAGGCAUCCUGCCUCCCAAGGGAGACCAGGGCCUUUUGGUGCGCGGCCAGGGCAUGCCUGCCCGUCUCUGCUCAGCCCCUAUAAGGGGCGCUGAGGAAGGCGCCGGCUCCUUGGACCCCACCCCUCACACUCUCACUGCGUUCCCCCUUCUGUGUCCACACUGUUCUUCAAUAAAGGUGUUUCUCCUCCUCCA